AUGAGGUGCUGUGUAAAAUCCUGCAAAAAUGAUUCGAGAACUAUCUCCAAAUCCCACGGCAUUACAUUUCAUGUGUUUCCGACCGAAUCAAAAAUGCGCCAAGCCUGGUUAAAAGCAAUAGGGAAGGAAUCAUGGUCUCCAAGAGAACGUAGUGCUGUCUGUUCAGACCACUUCAUGAUUGAAGAUAUUUUUGUCACCAAGAGUGGUUUAAGGAAAGUGAGGAAUGGUGCUGUACCAAUUUCUGAUAGUAGUGUUUGCAGUUACAAUGAAAAUACUGUUAAUCUUUUGGUGUGUAGAAUAUGUCUCGGUUCAGAUGUGAAGUUAUUGCCUAUUGGAAAGUUUAGUUUGGAACAAACAUAUGAACAUGUUACAGGACACGCUAUGUCAAAAGGUGAUAAUUUACCUCAAUACAUUUGUUUUGAAUGUGCACAGAGGCUGGCAAACUGUCAUAUGUUUAAAUCGAAGUGCUUGAAAUCUAGGAGACUUCUAUUGGAUCUGAUAGCAGACAAUAGUAUCAUUAGUAUAGAUAGUAUUAAAUCAAUAGACAGACAAACACAUAAACUAACAUCAGACCUGGCUAUAACAAUUUUGGAUCCAGAUAAAAUAGUCAAUCUAGAAUAUGUCGAAAAUAUAAAUAAGAUUGAAAUUGAAAACAUACCGGAGCAAGAUAAAAACGAUAUAUUUGUGCAAGAGUUACCGAAAGACUUCGAUGACGAUUUUAAUGAUAGAGAUGAUUUUAAUGAUAAUCAUUUUAAUGAUGCGGAUAAUGUUAAUGAUAAAGAUUAUGAUAAAUGUGACAAAGAUUACUCCUCUGAUGAUAGUCUACCUCUUGAGUUGCAAAGGAAGAAGCGUAAAAAGACGAAAAAGGUGAAAAAAGUCGACGAACCAAAGAUCGAUAGGCGACGGAAGCCAUUUUUGAAUGCAGAUUUAAAUGAGACGCUGUUCACGAUCACGGACCUGACGGUGGAGGAGCAAAUGGCCGAGAUUGAGAAGAGGCAGGAAUCGGCGAAUUAUAAAAAUGCAGUAUUCAAAUGUGGCGAGUGUUUUAAGGGGUUUUUGGAUGAAGACGCUUAUAAUGGACAUAUGACACGACACACAAAUGAAUGCGGCGAACACGAAUGCGCAAUAUGUAAAACACAUUUUAAACAUCCACACGCGCUGCGCAAGCACAUAACAGCGCAUCACACACAGAGAUAUAACUGUAAUAGGUGUCCGUAUGUCACUACGCAUAGACAAACUGCUCGGCUCCACGAACGUUGGCAUAAAGGGACGAAGUACCAGUGUCCGCAUUGUCAAGAUGAAUUUGUUAAAUUCACAACAUAUAUGGGACAUAUACGCAUAAAGCAUCCUUCUGACUUCAUAUGUGUUCUCUGUGGUUAUUCCUUCGUCAGUGAGAAAGGGAUAGAACUACAUAAGAAGUUAAAACAUCGAUUGGAUGAUGGAAAAAUGCCCGAUGAUGGGCCGCUUUGUGAGUUAUGCAACGUUCGUUUUGUGUCCGCGGAGGCGUAUAAGAGACAUUUAAGUGUGUCCGCCAGACAUACCAACGAUUCAAAAGACAAGUCGAGGAAAGGCAGGAAAACACGCGAGAAAAUUGAGAAAAAUGAUAUUUUUGAUAGGAAGAAAAAUUAUCCGAGCCAAUUGAGAAAAGCUGAAGGACCUAUACCUUGUGAACAGUGCGGCGUCGAGUUGGAAGACUCCCGCGCAUACCACAGUCACUUCCGACGACAGCAUCCAGACAAGAAUCGAACCAACUACCCCUCAAUGAAGUCGCCUUGUAUGUGCGAGGUUUGCGGGAGAAUGUUUCAGAGUUACGCCCUUCUUAAAGACCACCGCUGGGUACAUACAGGCGAGCGUCCGUUCGCGUGUUCAAUAUGCGGCAAAUCGUUCCGUAUGAAGCAACGUCUAGUUGCCCAUGGGCGCGUGCACAGUGAACUGCGAGCGUCCUACACUUGUGCCAUGUGCGGGAAAAGCUUCUCGACCCAUAGUAAUUGUCAGCGGCAUAUGUUUAUUCACACCGGCCUCCGUCCAUACAAAUGCGAAAUGUGCGGCAAAUGUUUCAAACACGCGAGCGAGAAACGAGCUCACAUUACAUAUGUGCACCUUAAGAAACCCUGGCCCAAACGGAGCCGAGGGAAACGGACCGGCAAGGGUCCCCUAGAUUCAGGGGACAUGGCAGGUGAAAUGGAGUCUCAGGUGUGGCCGACCCCAUGUGACCCCAAAAUUCUCGACGUCAACCCUCUUAUAGAUAAGUCUAUGUAUUAUAAUCAUAAAAUGUAA